UAACCCGAUGUUGUGUGGCGGUGUUUUAACUUUCAACUACACGUUAUAAUUUUAGAUUUUGUACUACAAUUUCGCAACGUUUAUCAUAAAUCUAUCUAAUUACGGUUACAUUGAAACCUACGUUUUAUGACUUACGUUACCAAGCAACAUGACAGAAUAUUGGAUAUCUACACCACGCAAGUUUUGUGAAUUCUGCAAAUGUUGGAUAACAGACAAUAAGCCUAGUGUAGACUUCCACGAAAGAGGAAAGAGACAUCAGGAGAAUGUAAAAAUAAAAAUCUCAGAGGUGCGAAAGAAAGGCCAGGAAGUUUAUGAAGCCAAGAAACAAGAGGAAAAUGACAUUGCAACGAUGGAAGCUGCUGCCCUAGCAGCAGUGCAAAACGACAUCAGCAAUGAUCCUUCCCUUGCUGCUGCUUAUGGCAUGAAGCUGAACAAGGAAACUGUUGCAGAGAAAGACGAUGACUUGCGGACAAAUAUUCAAGUAGAAACAGCUAAAAAAUGUGAAAAUACUGGAAAGGCUGUAGACCUCUCAGAUUGGCAGGAGGCACAAACAUCAGAAGGCUAUACAUAUUACUGGAAUGAAAAAACAAGAGAAACCAAAUGGGAAUUGCCAACCACUGAGGCAGCUGACAGCAAAAAAGAAGUCAAGCCAGCCAAGCCUGUGUCGACAAAGCGUCGCAAAAAAGAAGCUAAGCGUGAAAGUGGCAGCUCGACCUCAUCCAAAGGCAAGAGUACUGUGAAGAAAGGUCCUUAUGGCGCUUGGGAAACCAUAGAAGAACCAGAACCAGAGCCAUUGAUGGAUCUACAACUACCAGUCGUCAAGCCAUCUGAAAUGAUACUUCCAGAAUUUACAGAACCGGCAAAACGCUCUGUUUCCUAUAAAGAAAAAACUGUAACAUCACUAGCACCACCUGGUGGCAGCACGUCUAAGAUUGUUUUUAAAAAGAGAAAAUUGGCGUCUGGUGCGCAAAACAUUCGCAGGAAAGAGGAUAGCUAGUAAUUGCUAUUUAUUUUAUCUAAAACCUGAAGAGUCCAUUAUGUAUUGUAUGUUUCUUAUCAUUUUUGCCUGACGUAUAUAGAAUAAUCAACUCAUUCAAUGUAAUGAUUGUGUAUUUCAUAGAAAACAAUGUUGAUGAUCACAACAUA